GGCUGCCGUGGGGGUAAGGAGCGGUGUGGGGGGGGCUCGGUGGUGACCCCAUCCCCUUCCCCUCACACCUCCAGCCAUGGAGGCGGGCGCGGGCGGGCGCAAGGAGCGGCCGAAGCCGCGGGAGCCGGCGGCGCGGCUGGAGAGGGCCCGGCAGAGGGCGGCGCAGCAGGAGCUCAAGCAGCGGCAGCGGGCGGAGAUCUAUGCCCUGAACCGGGUGAUGACGGAGCUGGAGCAGCAGCAGUUCGACUCCUUCUGCAGGCAGAUGCAGGCGUCGGGCGAGUGAGCCCCCGGCCCCCUCCGGCCCCACGUUAUUUAUUAGCAAAGAGCCCCUUGGUUUGGGGUUUUUUUCUAAAUAAACCCUGUGCUGGUCC